UUCUAUUUUCAGUUUGCGGUCACACUGUGCUGGUAUUUUAAGAUUUUUAUUAAAAUAAAAAAAACAAGCUAUCCUAAGGCAGCGAAAAGCAGCAACAGCAACGACACAGCCGUUGCGCCGCCGCAUAAAUGAUUAGUACGAGCAGCAUGAGGUCACAGGAGGGUCAACAGGCAGCCGGGCUGCCGCGACCCAAAAACAAUGCGUCCAGCACACAGCUGACCCAGGAUGAGAACGAUGCGGUCUUUAGGCUACUGGGACGAAAGUGUCAGACCUUAAAUACUGCCGUUGUGCAGAUCUACAAGACGGAGGGCAACGCGCACUCGCACUGGAAGAAAAAGCACACGGGCGUCGUUUGCUUUGUCAAGGAUAGCGCCAUACGAUCCUAUUUUUUGCGCGCCUACUGCCUGAUCAAAAACGAACUGAUUUGGGAGCAUGAGAUAUACGAUGGCAUGCAGAUUGUGAAAUCGCGUCCCUUUCUGCUCACCUUUGAGGGCAGCGACGGCAACGUGGGCUUAAACUUUAUAUCGGAGGAUGAGUGCGAUUCGUUCUUUCGCGUCUUGGACGCCACAAUAGAAACCCGGAACCGCAAGCGUCUGGAGAAGCGUAAUAGGCAAAAGUCGCAACAAGCUCCCCAUGCGCCAACGCCGCCUGUGUCACGAGAGCCAGCGCGUCCGCCUUCCAUUAUAGGCAAGAGCCCGAUGACGACGACAACGACGACGGCAGUAGAUAGCGGUGCCGUGCAGCUGCGCAACAAUAAAAUCAACUCGGUAACGCUGACACCAGCGCCCGCGCAGCCACCAACCAAAAACUUCUUGUCGAGCAACUUUGGGCUGAGCGGCUCGGCGGGCAAGGAUAAGAAACGCAAGGUGACCAAAGCGGAUAUUAGCCAACCGACGAAUUUUGUGCAUAUCAGCCAUGUGGGCUGGGAUGCGAACAAGGGCUUCGAUUUGACUGGCAAUGAGAGCGAUGAGAUGCUUAACAAGUUCUUUGCCAAGGCUGGCGUCUCCGAGUCCCAGCUAAACGACCGAGACACACGCGCCUUCAUUUAUGACUUUAUACAGAGCAAUAAUGUGCUGGCCUCGGUCAAGCAGGAGGAGAUUGAAUCGCCCACGGAGCCAACGCAGCAUAUGCCGCCACCGGUACCGAGUCGUCAUCAUCCUCAUCAUUCACAGAAUGGCAACCAAAGAUCCGCGCCGCCGCCUCCACCGGUGCGACAGCCGCCGCCACCAUUGCCAACGACGGCACCGGGUGCAGCACGCGCGCCACCGCCACCCAGCAGACCGCCACCCAUUAAUGCGGCUCCGCCGCCACCGCCACCACAAACGGUUUGCCCACCCGCAGCAGCGCCGCCCCCACCACCGCCACCACCUCCAGCGGCUGCGCCACCUCCACCUCCACCACCGCCACCACCACCCAUGGCCGUGCCGGAAGUGCCGAUUAUUGCGUCAACGCAACCAACGUCUCAGGCCAGCAAAAUUGCACCCGAAGUGGACACGCGCAAUGCGCUUAUGGAUGCCAUACGCAAGGGCAAACCGCUUAAGCCGGUGGAGCCAGUAGCUACAAGCGGCACCAGUGCUGAUCCGCGCAACAAUCUAUUGGGUCAGAUACGUGAAGGCUAUACCUUGAAGCCAGUGACUGAACGUAAACUACCUGAACAGCGGAUCAGUGAUGGUAGCGCUGGUGCUACCGAUGCCCUGGCCGAUGCUCUGCGUCGUGCACUUGCGGCACGUGGCACAGUCAUGCAUUCAGACGACGAGGAGAGUAGCACAUCCUCGGACAACGAUUGGUCCGAAUAGAUUAACAACUAGGCGGCCAUUAGAGAUGAUUGUUGGCAAACACAUUAUUCCAAAUAUAAGCAAUAAUUUAAUUUGUGCUUUGGCAUUUUGAUUUAUCUCCAGAUAAAUCACUGUAAAUACUGUUUAGUGAAUUUUUCAUACCUCUUUAAUUUAAUUUUUCUAAAAACUGUUUAACAACAAAAAAACGAAAAUUUAUUAACACAAGUUAAAAAACUAAAGAAAAAGUAACGAAAAUAAUUAUGAUUGCAUAAGAAUGAUUUUCUUCACUACAAAUUCACAUAUGCAUGUAUUUCCUUUCAAUUGCUCAAAAAGAAAAGAAAUUCAUAAUCAAAAAUGACUUAAAAUUAAAACCAAAACAACAAUAUUUAUGUACAUACAUAUGUAUAUGUAUCCACAACAAUAAACCUACAAUCUAUAUCUGUAUGUGCUUAACUUGUUCAGAGAUGUGCCAAAAAAAAAAAAAAAAAAAAAAAACUAUAAAUAUGCCCCUGUCAAAACACAAACACAACCCGAAGCAAAAGUCUGUAUAUAAGACCUAAGAUAUAUUUUCUGAAAAUGUGCUUAACUAAACUAGUUAGUCGCGGCCCAUUUGGAGUUGUUUUAUAAAACUUGACCCAUGCGUAAGCCUAGACAAAUGCGCGAACUGAGGUUUUUUCAAAAUCAACAAUUAUAACUAAUAACUAAAUGUGAAUGAAUAUGUGUGUUUUAUUCAAUUUAAUAACAAUACUAAUAAACAUAAAGUUGUAAUUCAAAAAAUUAAAAUUUUGCAAUUGCGACCCUUAACUGACUAAUCGAAAUUGCAAAUUUUUAACAUUUUCUAUUAAAUGUUUUGCUCAAAACUAUAAAAAAUUCAAUAAUUAGCAAAAUUGUUUGAAUAAGUAACAAAAUUAUAAUAAUGGUGUAUAAUACCCAAUAUAACCAGACCAUAAGGCUUCCUAAUCUUCUUUGAAAGAAAGUAAUCCCCAGUUGUUUUUUUGAACCCAAAACUAAGGGAACUUCGAACUAUUAACUAAACUGAUUCCAAGUAUUAAUGCUUUUAGUUAAAGUGCAUUAAAUGCAAAUUUUUGUAGUCAUUUCUUUAAACAAUACACAUGUGUGUUGAAAUUAGAAUAAUUUUUUUGAACACUUGAGAGGUCGAUGGUCAUGUUGUAUUAAUGAAUCGUUAAUCUGUAUGUGUGUGUCAACGAGUCGAAAAAGAGUUUUGUGCGAUUUGUGUAUUUAAAUAAGUACAUCUACGUACAUGUAUUUCUAUAUAUAUAUAUAGUUUUACAUACAUAUAUAUUCUAUUGUAUUAUAUAAGCCAUUAAUUUAUGUAAUUUACGUAAAUAAAGUUGUGUAUAUCUAACUUAAACUAA